CAAAGCGACAGGAUACAACUAUUAACGCUAGAUACAAAGAUCACUGGGACAGGUCAUAUUAGAGGCUGUAGUAAACACUCUUGGCGUCAUCCAAACCAACACUACAUAUAUUUUAUUUAUAUAUGGACGACCCCGCGAUGGGAAAGUCGCGAUGCUGGAGGAUCAAGUGCAUACGUUUAGUAAAUCUGUUUUUAAAAAUGUUUCGAUUGUACAACUUGUACAGCUGAAUGUACAAGUAAAAUCGUUUUUAUUCGAUCAGUUGUGUAACACAAAAGAAGAUUUAAAAGUAAACAAAAUAUCUUGAAACAUUUUGACGUAAAAGCGUUUGCAUUCUAUAACUAGCAACACGACAACUGUCGUCACUAUUACAGUAUAAAUUAACGUACACGUCUGUUGCUAGUCAUUUCGGAGAAAAACACCCAAGAGCAAUGGAGGAGUCACACACUUCUGCAACAACGAAGAGCUACACCAUGGAGCGCGAAAUGAUGGCUCCAACUUUCCACAUUUUCAACGAGCUGCGUCUUACGGGAGCGCUCUGUGAUGUGGUUCUUGUUGCGGAUGGUGUUGAAUUUGAAGCCCACAAAAUUAUUUUGUGUGGCUGCAGCACCUAUUUCAGAGCUCUCUUCACCAGUGACUGGGAUGUCAAGGGGAAGGGCAAAUACAACAUCCCAGGCGUGUCCCCAGAAGGGAUGAACCUGGUGAUAGAGUAUGCCUACACCCACUCUGUACUCAUCACGGUCGAUAACGUGGAGAGCCUCCUGGCGGCCGGUGAUCAAUUAAACAUCCCGGGCAUUGUACAGCACUGCAGUGACUUCCUGACCGUCCAGCUCUGCGUCAGUAACUGCGUUGGCAUUUAUAGCACCGCCGACAGCUAUUGCCUCCCCGAGCUGCGCCAGUCUGCCUUCCACUUUCUCCUGGAAAACUUCACGGAGGUCGCCAGCACCUCCGAGGAGUUCCUGAAGCUCACCCUGCACCAGCUCUGUGAGGUCAUUGAGAAGGAUGAGCUCAGGGUAGAACAGGAGGAAGUGGUCUUUGACGCCGUCCUGCGCUGGAUCUUCCAUGAGCCUGCCAGCCGCAAGGCCCACAUUUCUGUGCUGUUGCCUAAGGUGCGAAUGGCUCGCAUGGACGGAAAAUACUUCAUCAAGUAUGUCAUGAAACAUGACCUAGUGAAGGGCAAUGAGGAGUGCAGGCCCAUUUUUAAUGACACUUUGAAGGUCAUGUGUGACCUGGACAUUAAUGGUCCCCCACAAUCGGACUUUGAGCACCCGCUGGUCCGCCCACGCCUGCCCGCUGACAUCUUGCUGGCCAUUGGUGGCUGGAAUGACCGGCCAAGCAAUGUGAUCGAGGCGUAUGAUUCGAGAGCCGACCGCUGGGUAAAUGUGACGCAGCAGGGUGACAAACCCCGGGCCCACCAUGGCAUGGUGUACCUCAAGGGGUUUGUAUACUGCAUCGGGGGGUGUGAUGGUGGUGCCUGCUUGGACAGUGUGCACAAGUUCGACCCCAUCGCACGGACUUGGCACACUGUGGCCCCGAUGCAGUCGCGCCGCUGCUAUUCCGCUGUGACUGUGCUGGAUGGCUCCAUCUAUGUCAUGGGCGGCCGUAAUGCCGACGGACGCCUCAACACGGUCGAAAGGUACGAUCCUGAGACCGAUAGAUGGAGCUUCAUCCAGCCCAUGAACGCGGAAAGAAGCGACGCCAGUGCUGCCACCCUCCAUGGCAAGAUAUACAUCUGUGGGGGCUUUAAUGGCGCUGAGUGCCUCGCCACUGUUGAGUGCUAUGACCCCAUCACCAACCGAUGGAGCAUGAUUGCUCCUAUGAGAACACCCCGGCAUGGUGUUGGGGUCAUAGCACAUCAUGGGAGAAUCUAUGCGGUGGGCGGUACAGACAGGUUCGAGUGCCUGCGGAGCGUGGAAGUCUACGACCCAUUGUCCAAUCACUGGCAUGCUGUGGCACCCAUGUUCAACAGACGGUGUAAUUUCGGCAUUGAGGUGGUUGAUGACCAGAUCUUCGUGGUGGGCGGCCAAGAUGGGUUUGUAACCAUCACGACAGUAGAAUGCUAUGAUGCAGGGACAGGCAAUUGGUACCGAGCUCAAGACAUUGGCAUAUCCCGCGCAACCGUCAGAUGUUGCGUAGUACCUGCCCAUCCCUGCAUCAUACGCUAUGCUGCCCCUCGCAAACCCUUGCUGGCCAAUCAGGGGGAGGAAGAUCCAUCCACCUCCAACAGCAUGCCUAAUGGGUAACCUCCACAACAACGCCCACCGCCCACGUAUCCUACCCAUUCACCCAUCCAUCCUCUACCACUUGUCCGAGUCGGGUCACGGGGACAGCAGACUAAGCAGGGAAAUCCAGACUUCCCUCUCCCCGGCCACUUUGUCCAGCUCCUUCGGUGGAAUCCAGAGGCGUUCCCAGGCCAGCCCAGAGACAUAGUCUGGGCAACUUAUCUCCUGGGAUCCUUGGAACACGCAAACCCCUCCACCACCAUAAGGAGUCAGCUCCAGGAGAGGACGUAUAUCCUACUCCUACAAUAAAAUAAAAAAAUCAAGACCUGA